AGGAGUGGACGAGUAGAAGUUGAUGAGCAGAGGAGCAGAACUCAAAUCAAAAUGGAGGAGUUCCUCCUCGUAGAAAGGAAACUGCUUCGCAAUUUCCUAAUCCAAUUCUGAUCUGAUCUGCCCAUCCAACUUCACCAUCUACCCAUCUACCCAUGGCGUGUAGUGCUUGCUGCUAGUAUUACUGUAUCUGCUGCCUCUCCAACUCUUUUAGUCCUCUGCUACUUCAACUAUGGCCGGCGGUGGAAGCGAGACCCCGCCGCCGGUUGACGGCGGAGAAUUCCUUCUCCAACUCCUUCAAAAGCCCUCUUACCACCACCACCAGCUUCAGCAUGCCCCUUCCCCACAGCCACAACCACAACUCUCCCCACCGCCGCCUGCCCAGAUUCUUCCUCACGACCCCGCUGUUGCCGCUGUCGGCCGCACCCUCCCCUUCCAACAGCUCUUUAAUGGUCCAGUGCCGCCAUGGCCUCAUCCCCACCACCAGUCUCCACCGCCCUUUGUCCCCCACAGCUACUUCCUCCAAAACCCUAAUAGACCCAACCCUGGCCCAAACCCGAACCCGAACCCGAACCCGAAUUCGAAUUCGAAUUUCUCCUCGGCAUCUCCGCCGGGCUUCAAUCAGGGCAACUUUCAGCAACACAACGUUCAGUUUAACCUCAGCGCAAUGGGGAACGAUAUUAGAAAAUUAGGUAACUUGGGAAAUCCUUCCAACCCCAGCUCAGCUUAUUCUCAGGACCCAAAAGAUAUCAUUUUUGGGUCUUUGAGGGGUAAUGACGUGUUACUGAAUGGGAAUUUUGGCGAAAACUUGCUAGUAUCCCAGCAGGAAAAGAGCAAGUUGGGGGUUUCACUACUGGAGGGGAACGUUGGCAGAUUGAAUGGUUUUGAAGUUGAAUUCCUGGGAAAUUCAGUUGACCAGCGAGUUCAUUCUAGUGGUUUGAGGGGUUAUGGGAAUUUCAGAGGUGAUACCAGUAGUAGAGGGACUGGGUAUUGGGGUUCACAAGGGCCUGAUCGGAAUGAUCAUAGGGCAGCAGUACCGCCAGGUUUUAUUGGCCAGCAGAUGAGUGGGAAGGAGUACGGCAAUAGGAAGAAGGGUUUUGAGCAUGGUGGGCAGAAGGCUGGGAGUAACUUCGGAGAGUCCAGGUUUCUCAGUGGUAAGAAUGAGAAGGAGAGGAGAUUUUUGUCAAGGAAAUCGGGAAAUGAUGGUGAUUGUUUGGAUGAUAGAGGGUUGAGUGUUCAGCUUGAUUGCCCUGGUUCUCCUCCAGGAAGUACAUUGCAGUCAGUUUCAGCUUCUGAUGUUGAGGACCCUAUGAGGACAUUUCACGAGGAGGAUAGUAAGGGUGGGAAAGUAUUUGGUAAUGGGAGGAGGAAGAAUAGCAAAGAAGAUGGUCAUAAUGGUCACGAGGAUUUUGAUGAUUUGGAGGAACAGCUUGUGGAUUCUCUGGGCCUUGAAGACGAAUCAGAUAAGAAAAGUGAUAAAAAGAAACGUCACGGUUCUUCUCGCGAUAAGGAUUACAGAUCUGAUAAGAGAGGAAAGUGGCCUCUAGGCCGGAGGAUGAGGAAGAUGAGAAGUGAGGUCGCAUGUCGUGUUGACAUAGAUGGGCUGAAUGCUCCUUUCCUUACGAUUUAUGAGUCCUUGAUACCAGCAGAGGAGGAGAAGGCAAAGCAAAAGCAGUUGUUGACAUUAUUAGAGAAUAUUGUCAGUAAAGAAUGGCCUGAAGCUCGCUUGGAUCUUUAUGGAUCUUGUGCCAACUCUUUUGGGUUUUCAAAAAGUGACAUUGAUGUUUGUCUCAGAAUUGCUGAUGCUAAUGUUAAGAAGUCUCAGGUUUUGUUAAAGUUGGCUGACUUGUUGCAGUCAGCCAAUCUCCAGAAUGUGCAGGCACUAACUCGUGCCAGGGUGCCAAUAGUCAAGCUUAUGGAUCCAGCAACUGGUAUCUCUGGUGACAUAUGUAUAAACAAUGUAUUGGCUGUUGUUAAUACAAAACUGCUUCAGGAUUAUGCACACAUAGAUGUGAGACUGCGCCAAUUAGCCUUUAUUGUGAAACACUGGGCCAAGACAAGAGGAGUAAAUGAACCUUAUCAAGGCACGCUGUCCAGCUAUGCGUAUGUCUUAAUGUGCAUUCAUUUCUUACAACAGCGGAGGCCUGCCAUUCUUCCUUGCUUACAGGGGAUGGAGACCACUUAUUCUGAAACUGUAGACAAUGUGGAGUGUGCUUAUUUUGAUCAAGUGGAAAACCUCAUUGGCUUUGGAUCCCAUAACCGGGAGGGUAUUGCUAAGUUGGUUUGGGCAUUCUUCAGUUAUUGGGCCUAUUGUCAUGAUUAUGCGGAUGAUGUCAUAUCCAUUCGUACUGGAACUGUUUUGAGCAAGCGCACUAAAGACUGGACUAGGAGGAUUGGAAAUGACCGGCACUUGAUAUGCAUAGAGGACCCUUUUGAGACAUCUCAUGAUCUUGGCCGAGUGGUUGAUAAGUUUAGCAUCAAUGUUUUGAGGGAGGAGUUUGAACGUGCUGCAGAAAUCAUGCAGUGACCUAAUCUUGUGGCGAAACUCUUUGAGCCCUAUGUUCCUACUUGAAUUUCCCUGGUUUUGUUUUGAGAAAAGAUGUGGAUGGUAAUUAUUUUCAACUCAUCCAGCUU